AUGUUCAAAAAACUUCUUCUCGUUCUCCUGAUGUGCUCCUUAACACAGCAAGCUUCCGUUAGAUUGCAGGUCAGUUAAUCAUAUUUUUUUUCUCUAAAAAAGCGUAUUUUUUUCAAAUCGAAAAUGUAGAAAAUUAUCGAAUAACCUCAAAAAAUGGCAAAAAAAACGUCUCUUCGUCUCGAGACCUUUUUGAAGUCAACGCGUGUUUUUUUAAAAAAUCGAGCAAAGAUUUUUGAAACGAAUUAUGGAAAAUUAAUGAGUUUCAGAACUAUCAGAACCAAAACGCGAUUCAAUCCAACAUUGACAGUGUCGAGAGCCCAGAAGAUGUUGAUAAUCAGCCAAGAAGGUUCGUUUCUUCUGAUGUACCGACCAGAACCGGUUUACGCGGUCGAAAGUUUUUGUGAAAUAGAUCACGUUCUCUAUUCACCAAGAACUAGAAAUUCAGUGAAAACAUCGUUAAAAAAACAAAUUUCAAAGUUUUAUGGAUCUUUUUAUAUUUGUGAAUGAUAAUUUUUGAGUUUAUUAUCAAUAUUUAAAUUUUCGUCUUGUGCUUUGUCAAGAGUUUUGAGUAUCAAAAGAUCGGCCUCACCUAAAACUGAUUGAAAAAAAUAAAAAACACCCUAAGACGCAUUUUUGAGUUUGCUAGCUCCGUCUCUUUUCGAGCGUGUUUAGUGAUGAAUUAACUUGAAAAUAAAACAAAUGCGCCCGACCCAAAACGGCUAAGAGUCAUUCCGAGUGCGAUCAGACAUUUUCAGAAAUCAAAACCAACCGCAAGGCAACAAUGAGGACUUGGCCAGUGUGGAAAGCACCGAAAACGACGAUUUCGAUUUCAAAAACCUGAAAAAUAAUCACGUUAUUGACUGCGCAUCGGCUCGUGAUACGUUGUUGGCGUUGUUCGAAGGUGAUUCCAACGAGGAAAAAGAAGUUAAUUUCAGAAUUUCAGGAAGAAAUACGGGCUCAAGCCUGAGCCCACAAAUGCUAUCGGCAAUUGAAAUACUCGGAAAAUGUCAAAAUUGA